AUGGACUCAACCAUUGCAGUCACCCAGCGCCUUGACAGGCUAAGCAUUGCCGCCAAUGCCCCCUCUCGUCCCGCAGAGAUUCUCAACGAAGCCUCAGCUCCCCAUGGACCUUCCUUGAGCAUCGUUAACCAACCCGUUGUCUCUUCUGAGACUUCAACUCAAGCUCCGGCAUCUCACACCUUCCAGCGUCAGACCGCAACCGCCGGCAUCACCACCCAGGACUCUGACGACGAUGUCAUCAUGAGUGACGAGAUCAUCACCGCCACCAGAAACCUGUCACUCCAGAACAGGCCACUCCACCUCCAGAACCGCCGGGCCUUGGAGGCACACGGCCGCCAGCAUGCCGAGUGGUCUCGUCUGUGCAACAGAAAUCGGCACGGCACUGUCUCCAUUGCCAUGAUCAACAUCCGCGCACGCCAGGCCUCCCAAGCUCGCCCUCGCCCUCGCCCCUUCCGCCAGGCCCGCGAGGAAGCCCCUCGCUUCUUCAGGCAGUGCGCCCAGAUUGAAAACCGCCAGACCCGCAGAGCCCACCACCAUCGGCCUCAGACUCAGACUCCCGUCAACACGCGUGUACAGUCAAACUGCGAGACGGGCAUCACGAGAGAAGAGCACCAUCGCAACUUGGUUCGGGCGCAGCUUAGAUAUCGCCAACAGAUCAGGUUAGUUUCAGCCAUUGCUGCCAGGGCUGAGCAUUGA